AGAGCGGAACUGUGGCACUCGUGUCCGCGUGCUUUCCUGUUCAGAGUGUAGUAGAAAACGGAGCGGGGAGCAAAGAAAGAGGCAGAUUGAGGGAAAAAAGCAGUGAAAUGGUGUAAAGUGGCGCGCGCGCAGCCCGGCAGAGGGGAUAAAGGCGGAGGAUUACGUCUGUGUGUCAAAUUACUGUCAGAGUCAGAGAAGUCCCGCUUUUUCAUGCGGUCCUCACGGAGCUCUGAGCCAAUAACGGACUCGGCUGAACCAUGCAGAGACUGCUGCUCCUCAGUCUGGUGUUCACCUUCCAAACCGUGAGGACGGCGAGGUUCUCUCAGGAGCCGGCAGACCAGUCGGUGGUCCGGGGCCAGAGGGUGAUCCUGUCCUGUGUUGUUUUCAACUACUCCGGCAUUGUUCAGUGGACCAAGGAUGGCUUGGCUCUGGGGAUCGGCGAGGACCUCCGGGCCUGGCCCAGGUACCGUGUGCUGCGUGUCCAGGAGUCGGGUCAGUACAACCUGGAGAUCCUGUCAGCCGAUCUAUCUGAUGACUCCGUGUACGAGUGUCAGGCCCCCGACGCCGCCCUGAGGUCCAGGAGAGCCAAACUCACUGUCCUCAUCCCUCCAGAUGAUCCGGUGAUCGACGGGGGUCCGGAGGUCUUGCUGAAUGCGGGGGAGUCCUAUAACCUGAGCUGUGUGUCUCGAGGGGCCAAACCACCUUCCACUAUCGAGUGGCUUAAAGAUGGACUCCCCGUGGAGGGCGCCGUCAGCAUCACGGAGGUGCUUGCAGACAGGAAGAGGGUGACCACACGGAGCCACCUUCCUAUCCACCCUGUCGACACCGACACCGGGAGGAACUACAGCUGUGUGACCUCCAACCUGGCCGUGCCCACCGGCAAAAGCACAACCGUCACCCUUAACGUGCAUCAUCCACCAGUAGUGACCUUGUCCAUUGAGCCGCGCUCUGUCCUGGAAGGAGACAGAGUCACUUUUACCUGCCAGGCUCAUGCCAACCCUCCCAUCAUGGGCUACAGGUGGGCUAAAGGCGGCGUGGUGCUCCAGGGCGCCAGGGAGAGCGUGUUUACCACCAAGGCGGACCACUCCUUUUUCACCGAGCCGGUGUCCUGUCUGGUUUUCAAUGCUGUGGGGAAGACUAAUGUCAGCAUCCUCGUGGAUGUUCAGUUUGGGCCGAUCCUGUUAGUGGAACCGCAGCCAAAAACAGUCGAUGUCGACUCGGACGUCACGCUCAACUGCAAAUGGGCGGGAAACCCCCCACUCACUCUCACCUGGUUCAAAAAGGGCUCCAACAUGGUUCUGAGUAACAGCAACCAGCUGCAUCUGAAGUCAGUGAGCCAGGCGGACGCCGGCCAGUACGUGUGCAAGGCCAUCGUCCCACGGAUCGGCGUGGGAGAGACCGAGGUCACACUCACCGUCAACGGCCCCCCCAUCAUCUCCAGUGACCCUGUCCAGUACGCCGGGAGGGGGGAGAGAGGAGAGGUGAAGUGCUACAUCGCCAGCACCCCCCCUCCUGAUAAGAUAGUGUGGGCUUGGAAGGAGAACGUAUGGGAGAAGGAGAGGGGGACACUGCAGGAGAGGUACACCGUGGAGCAGAGCAAACUGUCCGCCGAGGGCGGCGGGGUCCUCUCCACCCUCACCAUCAACAACGUGAUGGAGUCUGACUUCCUGUCCACCUACAACUGCACGGCCUGGAAUUCCUUUGGCCCGGGCACCAUGAUCAUCACGCUGGAGGAGACAGAGGAGGUUCCGGUGGGGAUCAUAGCCGGUGGGACGGUGGGUUCCACCAUCCUGCUCUUCAUUUUCCUCCUGGUUCUGGUUCUGAUUUUCUACCGCCAGCGUAAAGGCAGCCGGCGCGGGGUCACGCUGGGUAAACCCGACAUCAAGGUGGAGACGAUAAACAAGGAGACCCACAGCCUGGAGGAGGACUCGGGCAGCGUGUCCACGGCCUCACGCAUGGUCAAGGCUGUAUACUCGUUUCUCCCCUCUGUGUCCUUCUCUCCCUCCAAUCAGCCUUUUAAAGAUGACAUAGAGCUCAAGUCUGACCUCCGCAGCGACACCCUGGACACCCGCCAGGAGUACGACCUGAAGGACCCGACCAAUGGAUACUACAACGUACGGGCCUCCACCCAUGAUGAAAUCCACCCCGCCUCCCGCUCCACCAUGCACUACUCUGACUAUCGCUCCCCUGGAGGGACACCAGGGGGCGCGGCGUCAAUCAGCAGCAGCACUGGAGGCUCUGGAGCCACGGCCAGUGGAGGAACCCCCGGGGCCCCUGGUCCACUCACGUCCCCGGGGCGCCCACAGGCUUGCUAUGACCCCAGACCAUCAUCCAGACUGUCCCACAUCAGCUACGCCCAGUUCAACACUUUCACCCGCGGGGGCCAAACACAGCAGCCCCCAGCAGCCAAUCCUGUUUCGGCAGCCAGCGACUUCCCAGCGGACUGCAGCCUCCUGGACUCCACCUCCCAACUGGCCUAUGACUAUGGAUACCCGUCGCACUACCAGACCUACCGCAUGGGAUUUGCACCGUCCAGCCUGGCUCCUCUGGAGGCCGGCCCCUCCUAUGAGAUGUACGGAGUGGGGUCUGGGGUCAGCAGCCCCGGAGUUGGGGUCAGCCCUGGGGGCCCAGCUCCCAGCGGAUCGGACACCGGACUAGGAAAAUACGGCAGCUCCACUCGCUUCUCCUACACCUCGCAGCACUCCGAGUACUCCCACAGUCGACACACGCAAAGAAUGCAGACUCACGUGUGAGACAGAGAUGCAGCUCGGCGUCUCCGCCGAGCAGGGGUCUUAUAAAUAGCUUAAAAACACACAAAAUCACAAGUCCACGCCGGACACAAACACAGCAGAACACACAGAGAAUUCAUCCCACACACAUCCAUGCACAAAGACAGAAAAUCCACGAGACGGGGAGCGCUUGAGAAGCUCAGAAGCAAAGAGGAACGGGGGAGUUGUGGAGAGACGGAAGGGAAAUUCCAGCCUGGUUGGAACUCCCUUACUCCCCCUGUGUUUGAACGUCUGCGCUCUGAAAGAGCAGACCACGCAAGUCACAAUCAAGACUGGGAAAGAGGGGGGAGCCCAAAGACGAGACGUCCCAGAGCUGUGGAGGCCUUAGCCUUUAGUUCACCGAUAAGACCACAGAACACGAUGAUCGGAAGAUAAACCUCAGCCAGUCAAAUCGUUCUGGCCGACAUUCUUAGUUUUCUUUUAGCUGGUUGUCUUAUUGAGUGAACCAUUAAGCACAUCAUGAGUAACCAUGUGUACAGUUGCCUCCGUGGACUGAGUGUGGAGCUGAGAGGCUUCCUCACGUCUAUUCAUUCAUGUUUGGACAUCUAUAUCCCUGUUAUGUCUUCUGUUUAUUUGCACAACAGACUAGAGCUUUGUAUUCUAUUUUUUAACAUUACACGUGUAACGUUCGUACGGACCAAAAGUUGGAGCGGCGGAGGGGGAGUGUGCCAACAGCGGAGCCUCAAUCCGGGAAGUGCUUGACAUCGGGAGGCCUCGUUAUCGUAACAAAAAUAGUGCCAAGUCGUCAUGUUCCACCGUCCCAGCCAGCAAGGCCAAGUGGGUCCAUACGGUUUGAAAGUGCGCAAAUGUGGGUCCCAAAUGGGUUUGUCCACAUUUUCUGUGGUGGCCCCACCCGUGUUUGCCCACAUUGACUUCAAUGGGCAAUAAGUCGAUAGCUCGCUACAACAGAAUUCGCUAGCACGCUACAGUGGAGCUCGCUAGCUCGCUACAACAGAGUUUCCUUGCACCCUACAGAGGAGUUCGUUAGCUUGGUCCAACAGAGUUCACUAGCACGCUAAAGAAGAGCUUGCUAGCUAUCUACAGUGGAGCUCGAUAGCUCGCUACAACGGAGUUUGGUAGCACACUACAGAGGAGCUUGUUAGCUUGUUACAGAGGAGUUCGCUAGCUCACACCAACAGAGUUCACUAGCACGCUACAGAGAAGCUUGCUGGCAUGCUACAGUGGAGCUUGCUAGCUCAAUUCAACAGAGCUUGCUAGCUCGAUACAACGGAGCUCGCUAGUUCAUUACAGAGGAGCUCGCUAGCAUGCUACAGUGGAGCUUGCUAGCUCAAUUCAACAGAGCUUGCUAGCUCGCUACAGAGGAGCUUGCUAGUUCACUACAGUGGAGCUCGCUAUAACAGGGUUUGCUACCAUGCUACAGAGGAGCUCGUUAGCUCAAUACUGCUUAGCUCACUACAGAGUAGCUCACUAGCAUGCUACUGCAGAGCUUGCUAGCUCGAUACAGUGGAGCUCGCUAGCACACUACACUUUCCACCGGGCAGCUGGCUAGCAUAGCGAGCUAACCCACUGAUCUCUCACUUAAGUCAAUGUAAGCCAACACAGGUGGGGCCACCACAGAAACUGCAGACAAACCCCACAUUUUCUGCCCAGUUUGAAACCACAGUGGGCCCACUUGGCCGUGCUGGCUGGGGUAAACCUCGUUUGUGCAGUCUAAGCUCUUUCUCAUUGGGUGUUUACAGACCAGGCUGGGGAAAGGGUUUCAUCAGAGACGGCAAGCCUGGUUCUGAUUGAGAGAAAACAGAUGUUGGGGUGAAGAGAGGCCUUAUGGGGAGGGGGGGAGCAUACCAUACAUUUCCAGUUGAAAUAAUUUCUCAUCGUCUGUCUGUCGAAACGGCCAGAGGAGAUUGCAGAGGUUUAGUGAAGGCUUUUCCACACGACGGACAUGAAGCAGGGUGUGAGUGUGUGAGAGGAAGAGUGGGGGGGGGGGCGUCCACAUUGAUUUGUACAGUGUGUUUGUAUAGAGGUGUGAAUGAGUGGAGGAGCCGGCGUCACGCUGCGUGACUCUGGGAUGCACGUAUGCAGUACAAUUCAGUGUACGUUGAUAUCAUUUCUCUCACGAUCCUGUUACAGUACUUUUAUACCUCUGGUAGGACUGUACCCUGUAUUAUUGUGUCUUUGAAUUUAGAAAAUGUUUAUCUUAUCGUACUGUUCGUAGCAGAGACAAACCGUUCAAAAGAUGUACAACAAACGUUAUCAAACUCUCAUGUUUUUUAUUUCAUUAUCUUCAAUAUUUUUUAAAAAUGGUAUGUAAUUAUUUUUCCACAGUAUUACAUUAAUAAAAGCACUGUUUUUUAUAAAAUGCA